AUGGACCCUGACAACGCCAAGGCUCCGCUAAGCCAAAGCGGCAGCCAGAUGUCACUCCCCUGCACAGAAAAUACCUUGUCUGCGCUACCGACUGUGGACACUGUGCCGCACCGAGCCAAGCUAAACUCGACAACAGACGCGGCAUCAGUUCCUCGUGAUCAAGGCUCAAGUCUAGUAGCAUCCGAGUCGACGGAUCCAACCUUGUUUCCACCUGCUCAAUCGACACCACCACUCCGUGAUUUGGUCAACGAGCGAUUGUUCCGCGCCACUGUUGGAGAGCCCGACCUCGAGCCCCGAAUCGCCUCGUCGACGAAACCUCACCCAAUCGGUCCCCGCCCUCUUGGAUCGCAUCCCGUGCUUCUUGACCGCAGCUCCCCAAUCACCCUCGAGAACUUGGAGUACGAAAGCUAUCUCGCCAGCCUAAACAGGGCUUCUUUGCCGCCAGCGGACCAGACAGCAUCCCCACUGAUUGAUUGCUCCUGGGAACCCCCGCACUCCUCCGACUGGCCCCUCAAGGAAGAAGGAAUUCGAUCGGCUCGCGCCGUGCGUCUGCGACGACCCAAGGCUAUCCAAGUCACCGCCACCUCGGGAGCGGCGCGAAGGGAGCCCUUGGUAGUGCCGUAUACCGCCCCUAGCGCACGAGCCCUGCCCUGUGCUCCGCCUCUGCCGCCACCACACAAAGAGUCGCUUCAGCAAGUUCCGUGGCCGCCCUCGGUCGACAAUAACCGCCACUGUGCCCUUCCAGACAAGACCCGCCCACGCUCGUCAUCCUUCUCGGAACCGGAUCAGGCACCGCCUCCGCUCGCAAUCAUGAACGGCAUGAACGGCGCCGGCAUGGGCGUCGGCAUGGUCGGCCCCACCCCGGCCGGCCAUCAGCAGGAGCUCAGCCACAUAUACGGAAUGGUCGACGACCUGAGCAGCCAGCUGGCGGAAAACAGGAGAGUGCUGGAGGAGGUUGUAUCGUUGGUCGGCAGAAUCAGGGCGCGCGCCAGGCAUCAGAACCUGUCGAAUCAGGAAAUAAUCGCUGGCGCCGACGACCCGAGCACAACCGAGAAUCUUGACCGCCUCAUCUCCAUCCUCUCAGAAACCCUCGAAAAGGCACUGCAUGAGCGGGACGCCAACUCAGAGCUCCUGCAGCAGUACGCAAACGUCAUGGCCAACAUGGUACGGCAGGCGCACGACCACAAGGCGCGCACCGUGACGGACGUGUCGGCAUGGCACCGGUCGUACCGGCAGCAGCUGGCCGAGGCGCGCGAGGAGAACGCUCGACUGCGCGAGCAGAUCUGGGACGUCCAGGAGCGGGCGGGCCGGCUCAACGAGGCGGUACGACAGUUCCGCACGGGCUACGAUGCGGACCCGUCGAGGUACGAGGCGCGCGUCGAGAACAUUGCGCUGCGGCAGGAGGUCCGGUUCUGGAAGCGCAUGGCCAUGCCCGAGGUGCCCGACGACGACCCCAUGUGGAGCGACGACGACGACCUCAUCGACCCCGCCGAGACCGCCAGGCUGGCUGAGGUCGAGCGCGCCGCCGCCGCCAUGGCUGCCAGCCAGCACCUGGCCGCCCAGGAGGAGGAGGAGAACCAGAUCAAGGAGGACGAGAGGCGGGCCGCGCUCGAGGCCGCGGGCGGCUCCUCGGUUGGCGUCGACGGCGCCGCCGACGGCGCCUCGCAGGGCCAGUCGGGUCCGCAAGGUGGUGGUCCUCCCGGCGCGCGGGGGGUUCUCAUGCAGAGGGAAGGCGAGACGUCCUAG